AUGUGUACACUGGUCCUAAUCCUGCAUAGUCAGCACUUUAUCCACAGAGUUAUCCCCCCAGCACCUGCCUGAUUUUGUGACCUCUGAUUCAAAAAGCAUGGCUUUCUACUCUCAUCUAGCUCCCUCUUCCUAAAAGCUACUAAGAUAUCUAGCUGUCUUUCCUGUUUCGGUUUUCCCUCAAACUCCAAAAUAAAAAAAAGAGAUCCUUAAUUUUUAUGUAAUAUUAGUUAUUUAUAUACUGUACUCUGCAUUCCCUAGAGACACAACUCAUGAUAUAAACAGAAAUAACAGAAGACUCCUCCCAGCAAGGAGGACUUGGAAGAUUGCCCUGCUGAGAGUAAAUUCUGCCCCUGCCCUUAUAUAAAGCCCGCUGUCAGAGAUGUAGCUGGCAGUCUACAGCAUUGCCUCCUCCUGGAAGGAUCACACUCUUCCUGCACUUCUCUCUGGAGCAGCAGACUUGCCUCAAGGAGACAGCAGGAGAAAGCAGACCUACAGUGAAACCUAGCCAUUUGGAGGAGGGAGAAGGAGAGGACAAUCCCAACAACUUCCUCAUUUUCACAAAGUACAAACGUUAAGGAGACAAAAGCAAUGGACGCAGCAAAGUUCAUCCCUGAUGAGCCUCAGUCUAGAAGCAGAAGGAAGCAAGAUCUCGAGGAGAUGCUGAUAAAAGUGGGGUUGUCUGUUGACUACUGGCUGCCUAAGCUUCAGAAAGAUCUGGGUGUCACCUGUGUCCAGGCCUUACAACACUUAGAAGAAAAAGACCUUCAGAAGCUGAAGUCCCAGAUACAACACACAUGGGAAGAAAAGGCUCUGGAAAAGCUGCUUGACCUCUCACAGCCAAAGAGUGUUGCAGAGUUGCAGGAGACUCCAGGAGAGAUGAUAGAGAGCAGACAGCAGCAGGCAGGACAGGCACUGCAGGAACUGAAGGCCUUGCAGUCAGAAGGGAAGCACAGAGAAGAGGAAGAAGUUAAGAAAAAAGAAGCAGAGCUGAGACAAGCAAUGGAGAUCCCCGAAGAGUGCUGGCCAGGGCCAGAAGUGCCCCUCAAAGAUAUUGCUGAAACAAUGGAGAAACAUCUCAGUCACAUAAAAGCGGCAAUGAUAAAAAGUCAAAACUUCUCAGAUAGAGACCUGCUAAGAUUCACAUCUGGUGGGCUGGUGCUGCAGGGAAUUUAUAAGACCAGCCACCAAAAGGACUUGGCAACAAGGAGAGAAGAACUACUCAGGGUUCCAAAGGAACUGUUCCUCUUUGGGUCUGAGCAAGGAAAACGGAUGGAAACAAAAGAAUUCACAUCUUCAAAAGAAGAAUCCCUGUUCACUGAAACUGUGGAGAAGUUCGGUUUCCGGUUAACACUUUUAGCCAAGGCUGGAGGCUGGGGAUUUAAUUUUGAAGGUGGAAUGGAUAAAGUCAAGCAUAUUGAGUCCAAAGAAGUCCACCAAUCACAUUCUAAGCACACUUAUUUCUGCUCAUCGAAGUUCAGCUACAACCCACUAGCCUCCUUCCACUUUUGCAAAGAUCAGCUCCAACUCUCCACCGCUGCUCUCAAGGAACUGAAAAUCAUUGAGGAACAACUGGAACACACGGAAGGACCAGACAUAUUCCUUGUAGUGAGGAAAAGGACUGAAAACUUCUUCAACAGAUUUGGCUCUCAUGCUAAUCAAGGCCCUGUGCACUUUGGGGGAAUAUUCUACUGGAAGGCCAUUUCAGAGGGUUUCGAAAGUGGCCAUCUGGAUUAUGUGAAGCGGCAGGCAGCAGAGGCCUUAGAUAUUUAUGUAAGAGGGAGCUACAGUGGCUUUGGAUUUAAUGUUGAAGGAGGGAUGACGGCAUCAGAUGCACAUUCAGCAAGCUCCUACAAAAAUUCAAAUAAUCAACAGCUCCAAAUCAAAGUUCAAUUAUCUAUGGCCCAGAUAGGUGGACCACCAGAAGCAAAUGGAAUUGUUCAGUGGACAACUGGCCUUCUUGCAAGCAACAAAACUUGGUGUGUCAUUGACCGAGAACUUCAGCUGGUACCCAUUUGGGACAUCAUCCUAUCAAAUCACAGAAGCAAUUUUAAGGACCCCUUUCUGGUGGCUAACUGCCUGACAGAAAACUAUACUGCUCUGACAGGCCUUGCUGCCUACAUCCAGCCUGGAGAACAUAUACCAAGUACAAUAAAAGAAGCAGAACUUUUCCUGGAUGUUGUGAAAUCCUGGGAGGUCUCAGACCCUGAAGAACAGCUUAACUACCUGAUGGAUUUUAUGCAAACACUGGCUCACAAAACAAAAGGAUAUGAUGUUUGGAUUAAUACAUGCCUUACAAAUUGUAACCUACAAAAUUUUCUUAUAAACACUGUCAACUUUUGCAAAAACUCUUCCAUUAAAAAAAAUAAGUUUAUUAAAUCUCAAUUCCGCAGCCUUCUAGAAGCUCAUGUGCACAAAGUGAAAAACUUUCCUCAGGUGAAGUCAAUCAUGCAGUGGAUCAACCAGACAGAGUCAGAGGAACAGCAAGUUAAAAUCAUUGAAUUAUCUGAAUUCCUUAAAAGUCUAAAAGAAAUCCAAAAAUCUCUCAUGGAAGCAAAUGAGAAGUCCGAGUCCCGAGAAACAGUGGAAGCAGCUCAAAGAAAGGCUACCUGUGAUGUCACCACAGCUCUUAGCUCCUUCUUGAACUAUCUCAGAGAAUCAGCGCAGCCAGACAUGCAGCUGCUACUGCUCUCCAUUGCAGCUGGUGCAGGCUAUCAGUUGGAAAGCCAUGUUUUCCAGCCUCUCCUGGGGUGUGCUGAGAUAAACUUCCUACUGGAUGAAAUACAAACUGUCCAACACAGAUAUCAGGAGCUAAAAACUAUCUGCACAGACAGGGCACAGGCAUUCCUAGUGCUCAAAGCUAUGACCACCACAGUAAAUGUCUCAGAGAUUUCUCCAGAAGAAAAAGCACAACGCUUGACAUUAACAAGGCAGCAUAUGGAGCACUUACUUUCUACUAGAGUUACACAUCUCAUCACAAAGUUUGGAACAGAUCAUGAUUGGGAGAAUCUAGAGAAUAAUUUGAGAUUACUCAUUGAUGGGAACUAUGAAGACACCAUCUCUUCUUUGCAAAUGGAUGAAGUAAAAAAGCAAUUGCAAAGUCUCCUGAAUAAACAGGAAGAAACUUAUGAACAACAAAAUGAUGAUAGCAAUGAAAAAGAGGUGAUAAAAAAAGGACCUUUUCUAGACUUACUCCAACGUCUGGGUCUAGAACAUCACUACCCAAAAAGGAUGAGCAGAGCUGACUUCCAUCUGAUCUAUAAGACUUCUGUGUGCAAUACACAGCCAAGAUCUGAACAGGAACUUCCCUUCUAUUUCCUACAAAAGCUACUGAUGCUAGAUUGUGGGUUCAGACAUCUGGUCUUCAAAAAUGAUGGAAAUGCAGACACCCAAGACUCAGUAGUCCCCUCCAACCAGGAAAAUGAUGUUGUUGAUCCAUACGAAGAGCUGUUUGAUGACAGUGAUGAAGUCACUAAUUCUUCACCCACUGAGUCCUGGCCCCACAUUCACCCAAUGGACAUCCAGAUGGCCAUUUUUCACUGUGCAGAUGAUCUUGCAAGGCAAUACAUUUUUUCUAAACUUUCCAUUUGUCAAUUUGCACUCCCCCUUGUGGUGCCAAAUCCCAACACUUCUCAGAUGGAAUUCUCUCUCUGGUCUCUCAGACAUAUUAGGAAAAGCUGGCAAGAGUCAAGUAAAUCACAACCAGACAAGAGCUACCGUCACAGGAAUCAGCGGAUGUGCUGUGUCUCUACCCCCAUUGUGUCCUUCAUUAGAGUUGGAAAUGACUUGUAUGCUUCCAAAUCACAGAUCAUAAACUCUCUCCUCAGUAGACAUAAACAUGACGUGUUUUUUCACAGGCACUGCAGAGGAAGCAGCAAAUAUUGUCUCCUGAUGGAGGGAGUGGUGGAGAUCUCCUGGUUCUGCCCUGGGGGUCAAGGUGAGGACACAUUUGACAAGUGUGUGGCCUUCACCAAUCUUCAUGGAGAUGCCAAAGAACAUACACAACAACUCAGCUUCCUGCAGGAUGUCUCUUCUCUCAUUGUGAUCCUCAUGUCAGCUUCUGAUAACAAUAAAGAAAACCAAAACUUUGUCAGACACAUGUGGCAGUCAUCAAAACCUGUGAUCUGUCUGAUUGAUGACAAAGAAAAAUUCAUGACUAAUAAUUCAGGCAGAAGGGUGAGGAUUGGCAUUAGGAAUAGAAAUGAAGCAGAAUUAACAGAAGAACUCACAACUGCCAUUGAACAUUUACUAGAAGUCUCUGGCACUGCUCUCAGUAUAGAAGACUGUUCCCAGAUGGCUCAGAAACAAGGAUUCAUGAUUGAUGAAGAUCAAAGAGCAUUGAAGGAGGCCAAAGAAAAAGCACAGACAAAUAAGAAACUCCUAGAGCAAUCCAGGGUAUCUCAGAUAAAAGAAAACUUGCUGCCUCUUCAGGGACAACUGUGGCACCAUUGGUGUAAGAAAGACAAAGAACUCUAUCAUCUGCAAGAAAAAGGGCGUCGGAGCAUUGAACAACACAAGAGUGACAUUCAGAAAGAAAAACAAAAAAUACGGUGUCAGCAGUUUAAAAAGGCCUUCCCUCUUAAUGGUUUUAUGCAAUCUGUCCUACAAAUUCUCAAAGAAGACUCAGAAAAUAACCUCAAAUUCUACUUCUUAUACUGGUUAAGUGUGGUUUUGGAAAAUCUAACUGUAGAACACUUGGAGAUUUUACAUGGAAAACAACAAUAUUUGUGGUCACAAGUACAGGCAGAAAAGCAGAAAGCACAGAAGAGCAGCUCCCUGACACUCUGGCAGAAGCAGAUAGAAGCCAUCUCUACCGAGAUUCUUAACUGCAAUUUAGGAAUUGAGCACCUUCUCCGAGAAGUUGGACAGAUCUAUGAAGCUCUGGAAGAAAUUUCCUCCUCUAGAGACAGCCUUUUUCUCUGCCUCCCCCAGAUUGCUGCAGAUUUGAUGGUAGCUGGGGUUCCCAUUGAGCUGAUGGAUGGGGAUGCUUCAUAUGUGCCUGUAAAGUGGGUGACAGCUGUUUUUGACAAGAUCUCAGAGAAAGUUGGAGAUAAAAGGUUGUUUGUUCUCUCUGUCCUGGGCCUACAGAGCUCAGGGAAAUCCACCCUACUGAAUGCUCUGUUUGGGCUGCAGUUCACAGCCAGUGCAGGCAGAUGCACCAAGGGGGCCUACAUGCAGCUCCUGAAGGUGGAAGAGACAUUCACGGAAGAACUUGGCUUUGAUUUUGUGCUUGUUGUAGACACAGAAGGACUUCGGGCUCCAGAACUCAACAACAAAUCCCGGAAUUGGGACAAUGAGUUGGCAACAUUCGUCAUUGGCCUUGCAAACUUGACUCUGAUCAAUAUUUUUGGGGAGAAUCCAUCAGAGAUGCAGGAUAUCCUACAAAUUGUUGUCCAGGCCUUUCUGAGAAUGAAACAAGUGAAAAUCUCCCCAAGUUGCAUCUUUGUCCAUCAGAAUGUGGGAGAAGUUACAGCUAAAGACCAAACUAUGGAAGGACGAAGGAGACUGGAGCAGAGACUGGAUGAGAUGACAGCAUUAGCUGCUGAACAGGAAGAGUGCUCAAACAUAACCCGCUUCAGCGAUGUAAUUAGAUUUGAUGUCAAUAGUCAUGUCUACUACUUUGCUCACCUCUGGGAUGGCAAUCCCCCAAUGGCCCCUCCCAAUCCUCACUAUAGCCACAACGUCCAGGAGUUGAAAACUGGGAUUCUUAGGACCGCCCAGCAGGAAUCCAAGGGAAGGAUCAUGAAGAUUUCAGAUGUAAAAUUCCGAGUUCAGGAUUUGUGGAAAGCCCUGGUCAGUGAGAAUUUCAUUUUCAGUUUCAGGAACACCCAAGAGGUCAUAGCCAUGAGUAAACUGGAAACCAUGUAUAACCACUGGACCUGGGAGCUGAGGAGCCAUGUUCUGGACUUACAGAAUCAGUUGAACAAUCAGAUUCAGAAUGGGAAAAUCCUGACACUCACAACUAAUGCACUGGAGGGUCCAGUCAGUACAAAAUAUGAAACCAUCAAGCAAAAAUUUGACAAGUAUUUUGAAGAAGACUCAGAUAGUGAAACAUUGGUUCAAUGGAAAGCUAAUUUUGAAAAUAAGCUAUUAAUGCUUAAAGAUGCCCUUAUUUCAGACACCAGAAGGAAAUGCAAUGAACUCAUCAGUCUUAAACAAAGCCAAGAAAGACUAGAGAACCAAAAGUCACAAUAUGAAAAUGAACUGUUAGAGAGGAGCCGAAAGUUAGCUUUAGAUGUGAAGGGUAAAGAAUUAAGUGAUGAAGAAUUGCGUGAGAGAUUCAAUCAAGUUUGGACAAGUUGGAUCUGCAAUGUGUCUUCUACUGUACCCCUUGUCACAGAGCCUGACAUUGAUUCAGAUGCUGAAAACAUUUUCCUACUGUGUUUCAAAAAGGACAAAAAUAUCGCAGAAAGACUAAAGAAAAGGAGUGGGAAAAUGUUUGACAUCAAUUAUGACAAGCAUGUCCAAAUGAAAAAAAGAUACUAUGUAAUUUCAAAAAAAUUAGAAACUUGCCAUAAAGAGUCAAUUAAUAAAACUACCAACAACAUUUAUUUAAGAUUUGAUGAAAUAAUUAAAAAUAUUUGGAAGCAAAAGCGUGAUUACAGUCAGCAUGAUUUUCAUAAAAUCCCAAUUAUAAUAGAAAAUGAACUGAAAUCUGUUUCCCCUGAGGAAGAAUACACAUUUACCAGAGACUACACCAUUGACUUAUCCUUGUACUUAUUCCAAAGAGCAACUAAGAGUUUCAAAGAAAUGCAUAAGGCAUUCAAAAGAGCAAAUGAUCCUGUGAACUAUCUAGAGAGCAAGAAAGACGAUUUCUACAUGAGUUUUAAGAUCUCCUGCCAAGGUGCCACAUGCAUCACAGCUUUUGUGGACUUCCUGUGGCUCAAGCUCACUCCUGCUGCCGCUGCCACUAUAUGGCGGAGAAUGGUUCUUAAAGUAGCUGGGGACAUGAGAGUCACUUGCCCUGCAUUCAAUGGAAACAGGGCUAACCUGGAGAGACAUGUUCUCAUUUCUCUGGCAGAAAAAGAAAACUUUGAUAACUAUUGGCAGUACAUUCAUCAUCCAGAAUCCUUUUUCAGGGAUUACAUUAGAGACCACAUUAGAAGCUACUGUUCAGAAAAAGGAGGUGAAAAAAUAAAGACUUUUUUAAAAAUAAGUUUAGGGGACAUAAAGAAUGCCAUCCUCUCUGCCAUUCAUAAGACCACAGAAGUAGCCAAUGAUAGCAGCACUGCUUCUCGCUGGUUGGAUUUGUUCUGUGAUCACCUAGGGAGCAACCUGAUCUUUCCAAGAAGAGACCUGAUAAGCAUCGAGCACCAGGAGAUAAAGGACACUGAGUUUCUCAAAGAAGCCAUGAGUACAGCUUUAGAUCCUGCACUGAGGAAAGUCGAAGAGGACUGCUCAAGUAAGUCCAUAGAUGAAAUGGUUCCUGACAUUGAGAAAAUUCUCUCUGACCAGCUCUGUGGCUGCUGGAAGCAGUGUCCUUUUUGUAAAGCAAUUUGUACCAACACCAUUGCUGAGCAUGAUGGAGACCACAGUGUGCCAUUCCACCGUCCUCACGCUGUCAGUGGAUGGUGUUAUGAUAAAACAGAUUACUUUGUCAUUGAGUGCUGUACUACUUCUGUAGCAAGUAACAGUACAUUUACUUUCAAUGGCGUCCAGUGGUUCCCAUUCAAGAAAUAUCGAGAAGCAGGAGGUGAUUGUGCCACAUGGAGCAUCACCCCAGACUCAUCUACCCAGCCAUAUUGGAAAUGGUUUGUCUGUCACUUCAGAUCAGAGCUAGAAAAGAAUUAUGGAAAAAAAUUUACAGACUUAGGUACUAUUCCAGAUUCAUGGACCAAAAUCACAAAGGAAGAAGUACUUAAUGACUUGAAAAAACAGUAAUUGCCACACACAGAACACUAGCACUGCCACACAAAUUUCACAUUAGCCUAAUGGAAAUUUAGGUAGCAUCUUCAAGGUUCUACCUUUAAAAUGAAAUAAGUAAAAACAAAUUAAUUAACAUUUCAAUAUUUGAAGAUUUCUUCUAAAAAAAAAAACCCUUUCUCCUUUGAUUUCUUCUGCUUAAACAUAAUGUGCUAAACAUGAGAAUGUAUGAUAAAAUCGGCAUCCAUUCAUAAACCUCUUUCAUACUUGAUUAUUUCUAAUAUGCGUUUAAAUAUUUAGUGACUUGGAAAAAAGUUGUCUCAUUAGGAGAUGCUAGUAUUUCUGGCUGUGACAGAUUCCUUUAGAACAACUGAGUGGGAAACUCAACCAGCAAAUACAUCUGAGGAAAUGCUACCUUAAAUUAGUUUAAAUAGAUGUUUUUACCCACUCUAAUUAUGGGAAAACUUUGCUGAUUUUCACUGUAUCAACCUCCAUUAAUUAUUAAGGAUGUCAAAGUAGAGCAAUUUAAAUAGCCUCUCUUCUGGAAAAAACAGUCACAUUUGCUGAUAACAAAGCCAUGGAUUCAGGAACGAUUUUCACACAAAUAAGGGGAAAAUAAAAAAUACCUAAUUUUUCAUAUUAUAUUAUUACUCUUUUUCUUUAUAUCUUUGUAUUUUUCUUUUGAUCAUUGAAAAACAAAUACAAAUCACAAAUAUUAGUAUUGAAACCUGGAGUACACAGCUACAACCUCUAUAACCUAUAACAGUGAGUGACAUGCCUGCAAGUUGUACAGCUGCAAUCGUACCACAAAUGUUGUAGGAUUAACCAAACACUUCAUGAUUGAGUUUAAGACCCUUUCCAUGAGUGGAUCCAUACUUGACACUGCUAAGAAAAGGCCAAGAAUCUGAUAUUAGAUAGGAAUUAGGCCUAUUGGAACACCUAUUACCAUUAUUGUGAUAAAGUAACAUGGCAAUAAAAUGAUCAGUGCUUUUCUCAACCUGAUUCAGAGAAGCUUCUUAUAGUAUGUGGGAAUUAACACAGAGACCUACAAGUGGACAAUGUGCAGACAGGGAGAGAUCUAAGAGCACUCAGUCCUAAAUGGCACAUGUUCAUCAAAUCCUUCUCAUUGAGACUCAGAGCUAUGCUAAACAGGAGGCUGAGAGAUUGUAAGAUCUAGAGUUGAAACAUAACUCCAAGAAAGAGUACCUGAGAAACGUCACAGGGCUGAUGCCCAUGUGAACUCACAGAGACUGUGGUAGUACACACAAGAUCUGUUCAAGCCUGACAGGGGCCCUAACCUUGAGGGUGAAACUGGACACAGUAUCACAAGCAAAACUAAGAAUCUGUCUACCAAAGAAAACCAACCUACAAAUCACAAUCCCAGAGAAUUUAGACAAUGAGGACUCUAAGAGAGACUUACAUAGAUCUAAUCUACAUGGGAAGAAGAAAAAGACAAGAUCUCUUGAGGAAAUUGGGAGCAUGAGGUCCAUGGCAGAUUGUUGAAGGGGAGGGUAGAGGCAGGAAAAGGAGCAGGAAAAAAUGUAGAGCUCAAUAAAAAUCAAUAAAAAAAAUGGAGCUUUGUGCAACUGAUACUUGCUGUCCAAGGAAAAUCUCUUUUCUACAAUAGAGUCCCACUGUGUGUAUUAUCUCCACUACAGGCAGGAUCCAUGACAAUGGAGUCCCGCUGGGUUUAUUAUCUACACUGCAGGCAGGCUCCAUCCCAAUGGAGUCCCACUGGGUGUAUUAUCAACCUUGUAGGCAGGCUCCAUAUCCAGGAGCAUUUGAUGAACAUCAAACUCAUUGAAAUUUAUGUGGACUUUUUGUCUUGGUUUGUUUUAUGUGAAAAUAUUUUUGUCUUAUUGAGUUUUUACUUGUUUAUAUUGAUUUUCACUUGUAGUAUUUUUAGAGGUGUUUUUGUGUAUUAUUUUUGUUUUGUUUAUUUUAUUUGAUAGUGUGUGUAUUUUUUUAGGAAGAGAGAUACAAAAGAAAAUGACAAAUUUUUAUACAUAUAUAGUUGAUAAGGACCAGGAAGGAACUGAAGAAGAAAAAAAAAACAUAAGCAAAAUAUAGUAUUUUGAAAUUUUUCAGUUAAAUAAAAAUAAAAUGAGCAUGAAAAUUAUGUAUGGAUAUGAGAAAGAAUUAUAAUGGAAUUACACUUUGGUGAUCACAAAAUAAAGGGUUAUGAUGUUUAUCAGUGAUUGCCAAUAUGACAGACUCUAGAACCACCUAGAAGACAAGACUCCAGGGACACAUCAGUGAAAGAGGUUUUUAGAUUAUAUUAAUCUACACCUAUGAGAUAUGAUAAUGAUUAGAUUCAUGGAGGUGGGAAGUCCUUCUCUAGCUUGGAGCACAGUUCCCUGGGCUGCAGUCCUAGAUGCAGAAAGAGGAGAAAGUUACCUGGUCACAGAGCAUUUACUGCUCUUUAUUUGUUGACUAGAGAUAUAGAAAGACCAUCUGGCUCAAGUUCUUGCCUCUGUAAUUUCCUCCUCUCUGAAAUCAAACCAUAAACUGUAAAUCUUUCUCUCUUUCUUCACCCCCUUCCUUCCUUCCUUCCUUCCUUCCUUCCUUCCUUCCUUCCUUCCUUCCUUCCUUC